AUACAAUGAGAGCUAACUUAAACUAAAAUAUGUUAAACAGCUGUACUAACUCUUAUAUUUAUUAUGUUCCCUUAUUAAGCAGCUAUGUCAGAAUAAGCUUUUUAUUUUAUUUUUUUUCACUUAUGCAAAAGUACAGCAUAGUGUAUUUCCUUAUUGUGCCCCUUCUCAUUUUAGUUUGGACUAUGUCAGACUUUCUGUCAGUAAAGAUAAUGUCUGAUUUGUUGAAUUUUAGUCUGUGUUGUGGCAAGUUGAAGUCUCAAGUUUAAGUUGGGGAGAUGAUCUUCCUGGGGGGAAGGUUUUGAAUUUGACAAACAAAGCCAUGUAGAGCUACUAAAAGGACUUUAAAUGCUCACAAAAUAAAUACAACAAUAUGGCUGCCUAGAGUCAUUGCACUUGGAACUCUUACCCAACUUCUCUCAGAUGUCAGUUUUACAUAAUAGGAUAAUCUUUGUUAGGUUGUGUCUGUUCAAAUAGGUUUUGAUGCCCUUCAUCAGAUUUGUACAUACAAAUAAAGAACUUAUAAUCAUGUGAUAUGUUUUAAAAGGUCUGUAGUAAUUUUCUAUGCCUUCUUAUAGUUGCCCCUUACAAAUUGAAAUAACAAAGCUAGAGUAGACUUACUGUUUGGCAUUAAAAAACACCUGUGACUUGAAACCAUAAAUAUUAAAAAAAAGAAAAAGAAAAAAAGAAGUUUUAUAUCUGUUCUUGAAAUAUUUUUCCAUAGUUACUGUUGUUUGCUGUUGGGAUUAGUCCUUGUCUUCCUCUUUUAUAAUAAAAUAAUGUGUGAAUUAUUUUUUUGACUUGUGAAAAGUAUAGUCUACGCCGGCUUUUUUUCCUAAGUUUUCCUAUUUUGUUUUGUGACAUGUUUCUAUGGAAACAAAGGCGGGCGUUUCCGGUGAAUCAUCCAAUGAAGUGUUCUUGUUUAGAGGCGUGAUAUUUGAUUGGCUUUACGUGACUUCCUUCCGUGACUGUCGGCUGCCGCUCGAAGACCGCGGUUUACAAAAACAAGGAACCCCUGCUAGAUAAUGUGAAAUGGUAUAAAUAAAAUAAAGUCUUCUUUUUUCCCUUAACUAACCUGCUGGAAUGGUGUCAAAGUUGUGCAACGCAACGGUAACGUCAGCUCGGAAUUAAGUCGUUGAAAUUGUAGCGGCAACCCUGCAGUUUCAGAACCAAACACCGGACGGCAUCGCUUUGUUACAAGUGAAGUAAUGUUAGCAGAUUGCUAGCUAAUUAGCCAGAAAGCGCGAGGGAGGUAACGUUACCUUGUCAACUAGCGUCAACUGAAACUGAAGUGCAUUUUAUCUGUUGCUGUUCCCUUGUUGGAAACACGCCGCACAGUUUCCUUCUACUUCUUGGGCUAGAUAACCAACAGCAAUGUCGCUGUCGACAGAGGCUCAUUUUGGGGUGAGCCAAAGCAGCAGACUUAAAAGAGACACUAUUUGUGGAAUGCCGAACCUCACCUCUGAUCUCCUGGAUGAUGACUUCGACCUAAAUAAAUCCUACCCAUGUACUCAGACACCGUUGUACAAGAAGACACUGCAACGUCGUGAUUAUCCUGGUUACUUGAGAGAGACAGAGGAAAGCUUGUUCAGUCAGCUAGUCUCUGGAGAUUUUGACCUGUUGGGGUAUCCAGCUGCCCUCAACCCAAACAAAGUCAUUCUUACUGUCGACCAUAAAACCAGAGAGAUUUUGUCAGCAAAUGAACAGGCCUGCAAAUUGUUUGAGUGCAGCACCACUGAGCUUAUUGGAAAAAAGCUGUCCUGUAUCUUGAAGAAAACCAGUCAGGUCCUUGAGGAAGCAUUGGAAGAAGAUGUUCUACUUCUGGAUGGAACUGUUGCGGCUGUGUCUGGAAAAGUGGUAGAUGUUGUGACUUUAUCUGGAGACAUGCCAAUGUCAGUGUGCACCUACAGACGGUCACAAAAUGAGGAGCACUGGCUUGUCAUGAUGGAAAGUGUGGAAAGGGUAUCUGCCUUUUUGUCCAUUUCACAAGAUGGCAAUGUCCUAACCUGUGACUUGGCGUUUGCCCAUUUCCAUGGAUACCACCACCCAGACGAGUUAAAAGGGAUGUCUGUAAAGGAGCUAAUCCCCUCCUUACAAAUCCCCCUGCACAGUAAUACGUUGCCCAAAAUGCUGAGAGUUCAGAGAGUGUGGGGUAAAAGCAGAGGGGGUGCAUCAGUCCCGCUGCGUGUCAAACUUCAGGGGGCAGUGCUAUGUCGUAAGCCCCAACACCAAAAGAAUGGGACUGGCUGCACCUGUCCAAUAAAGAGUCUCGGCAGAACAGAUGCACAAGACAGUCAGCCAUGCUCUCCUCUCCCCUCCUCUGUGUGCAAGUCAGAAGGCUCAAACCCUGGAGUACCAUCCCCAGAAGUGAAAGUGGACAGCACUGUCCUCUCCCCCCGCCCUGCACUGGAGUACUCCGGGACAGUUUGGGUGUAUGCUCCUCUGAGCGGUCUCCUCCUGCUCCACCCUGAUGGCUCAAUCUACAGCGUCCACAACCAUCUGGCUCUCCCGCUGUUUGGCUAUGACAAGCACGAGCUGCUGACAAAGAGUGUCACUUUUCUGAUGCCUGGUUUCUAUGGAUGGAUGACUGACUCAGACAGAGAGCCCAGCCCCUUCUCUGAUUCUCAAGCAGAGGGCAAUAAAAGUACAGCCUCAUCUAAAAUAUCAGGAAAGAACGACCCUUCCUCACUGGUGGCUGGUGAUAUGGCCACAGUGCAUCAGGCUGUCCUGGGAAGAACCUCCACAGGUAGAGGCAAGAUGUUCACUGGAACCGGCACCAGGCUGGAGAGACAGGGCAGCGCUUUGUCUACACUUUCUCUUCCUGCUGUCACCUCCACACGAGUGGUUAUGGUUGAUGACACUACAGAGCUGAUGGAGGAGGCAGCGCAGGUUGCUUUCUGCACUAGCCAGCUAGACACUGCUGACACCACUCAGGCACUCCUCAAGACAUUUGCCUGGGUGGAACCUCCGGAAGAAGAGACUUACUGCCUGGUUUCCACGGAACAGCAGCGUGAAGACAUUCCCAGUCAGAUUGGAAAUGCUAUUGGCACGGUGGGUGGCACCGCACCGGAUGUAGGCAAAGACCACCGCUCAUGUGCCCCUGGGCUCCAAGACUCCAGCUUUGAGGUCAUCUCAAUAGAGAGCAGGUCGUCCUCUGGCUUCUGUGAAAAGUUUGCUGUCCAUGGUGGUUCUGAUCCAGGCCAGGCAAUGGACUCCCGGUCAGCACACAUAGUGGAUUCAGUCAGCUGUUUCCUGGACCUUAACAGCAAUGGUGAACUGGUGACCCGCGCCCUGUCUGAGCUAGAUCUGAGCGAUAGCAUAGAGCUUCUCAGCGGCGGAGGGUACAACAAUGACAACCAAAACUCCCUGACAUCCUGCGAUACAGCUGAGCUCCUGCGGACACCCUCCCCAUGCGUGGUAGGGUCGGACCAGGAAGCAGAGCCCGUUGAGACUGAUGUCAAUGCCAGAAACGGCUCAAAAGAAGAGCAAGUAGAAGACAACCACAGGGAGCAGCAUCAGUGGGCUUCUCUUUCUUCAAUUCAUAAAGAAAAGAGCCAAGAGCUCUGCAUGCCAAUGAACGGUGGAAGUCAGCCAACACCGGACAUUCCUGCCACAUCUACGCCUAAGAAACAGAAGGGGAAUGGAAACACCCUGUCCUCAGACACUACACAGAUACUGGAGGGGCGAUACGAAGGAAGCGCAUUCCACAGAGAUGGCACGAGAGUAGAUGUGCAGUGUGAUGUGUGCAGGACUAACCUUCCUGAUGGACGCUCCAUGUUCUGUGUGUGGAUGAGUAGGCGUGGCCAACAGGGGGCCCUGUUGCAAACAGAUCAAUCACAGCACAAUCAAUCAGGAGCUAGUCUGGGAGAGAGGAUUUGUGAGGCUUUGCACUCCACCAUGGAUCUUGAGAAGUCUCGAGCCUGUGACGGGCAGUUUGAAGAAGAGUACCAGCCUCUCAACCCUGUGGGUAAAGGAGCCUUUGGUUUUGUCUGGGAGGCGAUGAGACGCUCUGAUGGAUUAGAGGUGAUAGUGAAGUUUAUUAGGAAGGCCAAGAUAGUGAGUGAGUGCUGGGUAGAUGACCCCAUGCUGGGACGGGUCAGCCAGGAGAUUGCCAUACUGACACGAGUACAGCACCACAACAUAGUCAAGGUGCUGGAGGUGUUUGAGAAUGGGUAUUACUUCCAGAUGGUGAUGGAGAAACAUGGGGAUUGCUUGGACCUUUUUGAUUUCAUAGACAUGCAACCAAGGCUGGAUGAACCCCUGGCCAGCUACAUCUUUAGACAGCUGGUGGCUGCUGUCUUUUAUCUGAGGAAUAAGAACAUCCUUCACAGGGACAUAAAAGAUGAGAACAUCAUCAUCGACAAAGGUUUCCACAUUCGACUGAUAGACUUUGGCUCUGCUGUCAUGAUGGCUCCCAAGAAGCUCUUUUACAACUUCUGUGGCACACUGGAGUACUGCUCCCCGGAGGUGCUUCAGGGAAAUCCCUAUGAGGGUCCCGAGCUGGAGAUGUGGUCUCUUGGUGUAUUGCUCUACACUCUGCUAUUCAGUGAGAACCCUUUCUGUGGCGUGGGAGAGAUCCUGCAUGCCAAACUAAAGCCUCCGUUCCCCCUCUCUCCAGACCUGCAUGAUGUGUUGUGUGGGCUGCUGCACCCUGAUCCCGCUCAGAGACUGACUCUGGACGAGCUCCUGCUGCAGUCCUGGAUCAGCCAGCCCAUUUCCCUGGCAGAGUACAGCUGGACGGAGGUUGUUCCUGCAACUAACACCUACCGCCCACCACAGCACGAGUCCAGUCCUAAAGUGUUUGUCAGACAAGGCUUGUUCCCGGAUGAACAUGAUGAGACUCUUCCUGAUGACGAGGAAGAUGACGAGGAAGAUGACGAUGACAGGUUGUCAAUGGUUGCCCUGGAAACAGAGCUUCAGAAGUACCUCCAUGAAGAUUAAAGACUGAACUGAAAGGGAAUGGAGGCCAAGCACCCAUCCAACAUUUGGUAUCAGGAUGUAGCCUUCCCCCCUUUUUUUAAAUUAUUUCUUUUUUUUGAUUUAUGUAAAUUUGAAAGCAUUAAAAAUUGUCGUACAUGAUCACAGGGAUCCAGCUUUACCACUAAGCCACAUAAGUGAGCACAACCUCAAGUUGUUUAUCUUAGAGAAACGACACAGAAAACUUAGGUUAAUUGAAGUUGGAAGGAAUUGUUUAAUGUCUUUUUUAUGUUCAUAAUUUUAAUCUUGAGUGUUUUAAUUAAGAAUUGUAAAUAUUUUAUCUAUUUAUUUUUAUUCUAUAAUAAUGCAAUAAAUAUUUGACCAUAAGUGUGUUGUUACUUUUUAUAUGAUUAAGGAGAAAAGUUUUAACGGUCAA